GAGAGAGAGAGAGAGAGAGAGAGAGUUUCUGCAACAAUAAGAAGAAGCAGAAGGAAAUGGCAAAGCGUAAAAGGAGAGGGAAACGCUGACACAUAGCCGUUACACGAAGCUUAGCGCAGAGGCAUCAAAGAUCACAAGGGCUAGGUUGAGGCAUUGGAUAUGUCGACGACGGAGACCGGGUGUAGCUCGACGGAGCCGGAGGUGACCGGUGGUCUGGGUUACGACGAGACGGAGCUCACGCUCGGCCUGCCCGGGGCCGGGGGGUCAAGGCUGUCCGAGACGGACAAGAAGCGUGGGUUCGCGGAGGCCGUCGGCCUCAACCUCGAGGCCGCGUCUCGCGGCGAGGAUUGUGGCGCCCGGUCGUCUGACUCCUCCGACGGGCCAGUCUCCGGCGCCGUCAAGCCUUCAGCUGCCAAGGCGCAGGUGGUGGGGUGGCCGCCGGUGAGGUCGUUCCGGCGGAACGCGCUGAGGAGCUGCACCUACGUGAAGGUGGCGGUGGACGGGGCGCCGUACCUCCGGAAGGUCGACCUGGAGGCGCACGGUGGCUACGAGCAGCUGCUGGCAGCUCUGGAGGAGAUGUUCUCUUGCUUCACCGUCCGCCACUAUCCGGACGAGAGGAGGCUGGUGGAUCCCGUGAACGGGACGGAGUACGUCCCUACCUACGAGGACAAGGACGGCGACUGGAUGCUCGUCGGGGAUGUCCCUUGGAAGAUGUUUGUUGCUUCAUGCAAACGACUGCGAUUGAUGAAAAGCUCUGAUGCAAUCAAUUUAGCUACAAGAAUGCCUCAAGAAUGCUCCAACAAGUAGUGAAUCGGAGGCAAAGCACUUCAGAUAGUAUGAUCAUGUAAAGGGGCAGUGUCUUGUCCUUUGUUUUGGGUUUAUAUUCGAGCAGUAUCUAUGGCAGCAGGAAUAAACAUCUAUUGUCCUCGUUGUGAUUGGGUAUUGGCAACAAGAAAAUACUGUAACAUAUACAUCACACAGUUGGCUUUGCACUAAUCAGAGCAGACUCUGUACUCCAAAUCUGAACUGACCUUUGGGAACCACUCCUUGUUUGCUACCAUUCAACAGAUGCAGGUCCUCUCGUUCAGGAACGAUGGGACCUUCUGCCGAUGCCGGAGAUGAUGGUGCUGCCUUGGAUCAUAAGCCACCAUGUCAUGUCUUACACCCUUCUUUUGACGCCAUGAGCUAGCGUUUUCUCCUUUCCGACAGUGGGUUCUCCGGAUGGCGGCGCACUUGCUGACUACAGGACCAUGGUUGACUUAGGAUUGCAGUAGCUAUGAAAGGACUUGAUCGUGAUCCUAUCCUCAGAGAAGAUGAGAAAUGCAGUGCCUAAAAGAAGCUAAAGAUACCCACAAUCACCUAUUAGAAAACAAAUGUACGGCUACUGCUGUCAAUGUGAGCUACACGACUAGCUUUCUCUGUUCACCCGCCGGCGACCCAUUUUUUUGGGUCUCCAGUGACCUAUGGAGUAGACCUACGGCACCGAGACGAAGUAGCCAAAGGAACUGUGGAUCGAAAUCAUUGAAUCCCAACGCAGGGAAAGAAACGGAGACCUCAUGUUGUUCAAAGAGCAGGACAAGAAUUAAUUAUGUCCUUUUGCAAUCAUGCAACGCUGACGGAAGUCGGUGUCCUUUACAUGCAACACGGUGGCCAGAGCUCCUCUCUCAGAACCCUCGUUUGUCUUGGAUUCACACCAUUACAGGCUUCGACCCACCCAACUCAUCCAGCCCAGACUGCCCAUCAUACGUAGCAGAGAGAAGUGGCUGGUGAAAGCCGGAGAGCGUCACCCUGAAAACCAGUUGGGUUCUCUCCUUUCUUCUACCCUCGGACUUCGUUCGUUGUCCACUUCUCCCGGCACUCUCCCAACACUACUCCCACUUCGGGACGCCGCUCCUUCCGAGGCCCACACCACCAGUUCCAAAUUUUCAUC